GGAUAUUAACAAAGAAUUUGUUUUUAGCUCAAGCGCUUAGACUGAAUUUUCGAGCACGAUGCACAGAGAAGGCGGUAGAUCUUACAAAGCUAUCCAACCUCCUAUUGGUGUUGUUUAUAAUUUCUUGCAGAAGAAAGCACGUGUGAGGGUAUGGCUGUAUGAACAGUGUAACUUACGAAUUGAAGGAGUGAUAAUUGGUUUUGACGAGUACAUGAACCUGGUGCUGGCUGACGCUUGUGAGAGGCACAUGAAGUCAGGAGCUAAAAAACCUUUGGGAAGGAUCCUCUUAAAAGGAGAGACAAUAACGCUCGUUCAGGUUGCGAAUUGACGGAGUUAUUUCAGAUUCUGAUAAAUCACUGUUAAUAUUUCCCACAUUGUACGUUGAAGUACAUAUAAAACCAUUUGAUGUAAUUCUUUGUAGUGUUAGACUUGUUUCUUUAACGUGUUAUUCGUAAUAAUUCAACUCUCCAGUGAUAUCAUAUGUAAGAGGAUAUGGCGAAGGUUAUCGUUGCAUUCAUAUUCGACCUACUAAGAUGCGUAAAACUGUAUCAUUUCCUGCUCACUUUGUUAGUAAUUACUUAUUAAUGACUUCCAAAUCAUUCACCGAUCAUAUUUAAGGAAAAUUGUUUUGCUUUAUCAAACGAAAAGGUAUUGCUUUGAAAAUAGACGAAAGUAGUUGCAGUGAUUCUGACUUAUAGGGUGAUUAAAAAUCUGCAUAAGCUAUUCAGCGAAAUUGUUGGCUCGAUGGUUCAUUUUAUUUAUUUACAUCGUUAGUUUUGCAUGACUGACAUGAUGAUGGCGAAAAAACUCUAUUUAGUAAAGAACCUGUGGCUGAAUGCUUUUCACAGGAAUAUGUUACUUGGCAUUUCAAUGUGCUGUCAUUAGAGCUCCAAAUUAAAACUACAAUGAUUUUAACUCAGCCUUUAUGUUUUCUUAAAAAGUCGUCCAAAUCGAAUUUUUAGGCGUGUUAAAGCCCUAGUCGUACGAAAGUUCAAACCACCAUGGUGUUAAAAAAGAUUGAUACGUACCUUGAUUUUAUUGAUUUACUAUUCAGUUGUAUGGCUCGCUAAGUUUUUCACACCGAUCAAUUUGCGCAGUUGACCUCUUUUUUAUGCAUAAAUGCUUCAACAGGUAAAUAUGAUCAGAUAUUUCGAAAUUCAUUGGGUUUAUAUAUCAUAGUUCUGAUAGUCUUGGUAUUUUAUUACAUUAAAUAAAUUUAUCAAAGGGACUAGUUGGACUUUUGAUUACCUGGUUUUAUUUUUGUUAGGGAGGUAAUGGUAUUGUAUGGGAAAUUACGUGUACUCCUGACAACU